AAGUGGAGCACACUGAACUGAGCUGGGCCACCAGGGCUGGCUCUAAGAUCUGUUCUCUGAGUGAAUCAUGAUGCCUCUUUAAUAGCAAAUGUGAGAACGCUUUUUUCCUUGUAAAUGGCCUUUUUCCUCCUCUAAGGUUUGUGUUCUCACUAUAGGAAACACUGUUCAAUACCUAUGCACUCUGUAGGUGGCUUUGUACGGGAGAAGCUCUCUCAGGACUCGCCCGCAUCCCUGUAACGCCUGGCGGGGGAGGAUGGAUGGGGUCACCUGCAGGAGAUGAGCCGCCACCGACAACCCAGGGGCCUCCCAGCCUCCCAGCCGCGUGGCUCCCCCGGGUCUCUGCUGCUCCAGCUGAGUGCCUCUUACUCGCGUCCCAUCCCAUGUCUGCCCCAGGGAACCGAGGCUCAGUCCCACCCCCCACAGGCUCCCAUCUGGCCCGGAUUUCCUGUUCGUUGGUUGUCCUGUGACCUCAGACCUCUGAUGGGGCCAAAAGAAGUCAUGAACUACAAUGUGUCUGGCUUUAUUCUUGUUGUGAGAGUGGGAGUGACAAGCUCUCUGCAUUCCCGAAGGGAAACCAGAACUCCUAUGUAACUUUUUAAAUUGUGAAAUAUAAUGUAGCUGUAGAAAAGUGCAUUAACAACCAAUUUAUUGAAUAAUCAUAGAGCAAACAAUAUAUAUAAUUAUAUAUAGAGAGAGAAUAAAUAGUAUAAAUGAUUAUAGAGAAACACUCCUCUGUUUCUCUAAGAGUGAAAUGUCAUUAUUACAGCAGGCAGUUCAUUGUCACAAGAUUAUGUCCAAGUCAACUUAGCUGUGACUGUUUUGUGUGUGUGUGCACGCAUGUGUGCAUGUGUGUGCAUGUGCACAGGUGCGCGUUUUGGACCGCGGUCCUACAGUGGGCCCCUGUUGCAGAGCACUCUUCUGCUCUGGCACCGCCAGGCUCCCUGGCGUGAGGGGCGCCUGCGGUGUCCUGCAGGCCCAGGGACUUGUCACAGGUGUAUUGUGCAGUCACCAGGCCUAGGAACUGUUCACCUGCCUCCCACCUCCCACCGCAGACAUCACCACUGCUCAAGCCGGUGAAACCAUCAGAACAGCCUCAAAAAGACAAAAGAUUCUGCAACGCAGGGAAUCGGGGAAACUUCUUGCCAAGGCAGCUCAUAAGACCUGUGAGUGGCGCAGGAUUAAGAAGUCAUGCUGCUGUUUGUCACGUGUGACGGCCGUUCUCAGUGAAGGACCUUGCGCUCGCUACUGAGUAGCGACCAUGGGCCUGCUCGCCUACCUGAAGACGCAGUUCAUAGUGCACCUCCUCAUCGGGUUUGUCUUCGUGGUGAGCGGGCUGGUCAUCAACUUCGUCCAGCUAUGCACACUAGUCCUCUGGCCCCUGAACAAGCAGCUGUACCGCCGGCUGAACUGCCGCCUCGCCUACUCGCUCUGGAGCCAGCUGGUCAUGCUUCUGGAGUGGUGGUCCUGCACGGAGUGCACCCUAUUCACCGACCAGGCCACCAUGGACCGCUUCGGGAAGGAGCACGUGGUCAUCAUCCUCAAUCACAACUUCGAAAUCGACUUCCUCUGUGGGUGGACCAUGUGUGAGCGGUUUGGCGUCCUGGGGAGUUCCAAAGUCCUGGCCAAGAGGGAGCUGCUGUACGUGCCCCUCAUCGGCUGGACGUGGUACUUUCUGGAGAUCGUGUUCUGCAAGCGGAAGUGGGAGGAGGACCGGGACACCGUCAUCGAGGGGCUGAAGCGCCUGUCUGACUACCCCGAGUACAUGUGGUUCCUCCUGUACUGCGAGGGCACGCGCUUCACCGAGAAGAAGCACCGCGUCAGCAUGGAGGUGGCCGCCUCCAAGGGGCUGCCCGCCCUCAAGUACCACCUGCUGCCGCGCACCAAGGGCUUCACCACCGCGGUCCAGUGCCUCCGCGGGACAGUCGCCGCUGUCUACGACGUCACGCUGAAUUUCCGAGGAAACAAGAACCCAUCUUUGCUGGGCAUCCUCUACGGGAAGAAGUACGAGGCGGACAUGUGUGUGAGGAGGUUUCCCCUGGAAGACAUCCCGCAGGAGGAAAAAGAAGCGGCUCAGUGGCUUCAUAAACUCUACCAGGAGAAGGAUGCAUUGCAGGAGAUGUAUAACCAGAAGGGGGUGUUUCCAGGGGAGCAGUUCAAGCCCACCCGAAGGCCGUGGACGCUCCUGAACUUCCUCGCCUGGGCCACCAUCCUGCUGUCUCCUCUUUUCAGUUUUGUCUUGGGCGUCUUUGCAAGUGGAUCUCCCCUCCUGAUCCUGAUGUUCCUGGGGUUUGUUGGGGCAGCUUCCUUUGGAGUCCGACGACUAAUAGGAGUAACUGAAAUAGAAAAAGGCUCCAGCUACGGAAACCAAGAAUUUAAGAAAAAGGAGUGAUUAAUGGCCAUGAUUGAACACACGUGACCGGACGGUGGUAUCCACUUAACUCAAUUAAAAACAGAACAACACACAGAGCGGAAAAAAAAGACACUUAGAAACUAUUUUUCUUAUUAACUGGUGACUAAUAUUAACAAUAAAACUCGAGUGGAGGGUAGAGGAGCGGCAAGGCCUGCAGACGGGGCCGCCACCCGCGCCGCACCGGCACCAGGCGCCCGGGGAGCUGGGCUCCGAGGUCGGCUCCGGACCCGGCUCUCGCCCGCCCAGGCCACGGCUCCCGAGAACUCUGCCUGCCGGAGGGAGCCUCUCGAUGCCUCCUCUUCUUAAACUUAGACCCCACUUUCGUUUUUAUCAGUUACUUCAGGAACUGACCCCGGCCCCUCGCCUCUUCCCCGCACCCCCUGUGAACUGUCUCUUUGCGACUCUUCCUCUGUCCUCCCGGGAACGGAUGCGACAGGGUCCGGCCCCGAAGCGCCUGCUUGCUGCUCUGCUCGGCAUGGCACGGCACCUUCGCUCCCAGACGUGGGUUGGCCGCGGAGAGAGUUCUCCUGGUGAUAAGCACACACCGAGCGUUGGCUGGGUCCCCGGGGUCGGGUCGUGGUCCUGCGCCAGGCUGGCUGCAGGCAGACGCCCCGCUUUCUUUCCCAGAGCAUCUCGCCCGUCUCCUGCCUAACCCUGGGUGUGAACACCUGAAAUGUGGUUUUAAAGUGAACCGGCCCCUAGGACUCGGUGAAACGCACAAUCCUCCCUUACCCGGACCUGCGCUGUCCCUUCUCCCUGCCGCCCUCAGACCCCAGGCCCUCCGCCGGGCCUAGGGGGGCCCGGGCCCUCCGCCCCUCCGCCCCGCAGCCCAGGAGCCCCGCGGUGCUGACCUCUGCCCUGCAGCCCACAGCACUCUCGGAUGCUUUUUAAAAAGCGGUGUCACCGUGAAACCUCUGUCCUCCAGAGGUGGUGGGAGACUGUUAACACAGAGCUCUCGGGCUUUUAGAGGUUUUAUUUCUACAGUUGAUUUGUUGAUGGCUCUCAGCUUCCUGAGGAAAGCUAGAGAUGGUGAACCCCCGCCCCCCGGGCCCGCGGGCGUGCUGGUUCCUCCUCGGCUCCUCCCGCCGCAGGGCUGUCUCCAGAGCGUCCUGCCAGCCUGUGCUUGGCUUCUGUCCUCACAGCGUUCCCUUUGGCUCCCAGCCCUAGAGGGAGCUGUUUAUUCCGCACAUGAAGGCGCGAGUAUCAGUGUCCGCUCGGGGGGUGGGCCAGGGGCUGGAAGCCGCGGGGGCUGGUUGGAGGAGUGGGCAGACCCCGGCUCUCCCUGGGCUCAGCUAGUCAUUCCACCAGAAACCCCACCUGCACUGGACUUUUCCUCCUAAACCUUCAACUUGCUUUUUUAAAGUGACACUCCCCUCCUGUUUUUUUAGCAAGGGAAAGGAAAAUAAUGGGUGUUCUCUCUGAUACACUGUAACCAGCAUUCUGAACGGAGGCAGGCUGAAUUUUCUAGAAAAAAAAAUAGAGGAAAGAGGCAUGGAAAAAAUUAAAAACUAAAUUGGGAAAAUGAUGAUGCAUUGGCCCUAAGUAUGUAUUUUGGGAAGCUUCCUCGAGGCAGCGUCUGCUCUCUGACCGCGACCCUGUGCUGGGCUGUGCUCGGUGACGCUGCUGGAGACAGGGCGCAGGCUGCGAAGGCACCGCGGCUCUGCGUGCUCCUGAGUGAUGGUGGAUGAGGACAGCCCCUUGCGUGCUUGAAGGGGUGAAACAGCUUUAGAAUGCUGGUAGAAGGGAGCUCCCCUCCAUCUUAGGGCAUCUCCCCUCCUUCCCUUCGCCAGCGCCCGUGGCGGAGCCGAGCAGACAGUGCCCCUCCGCUGCGAGGGCCGGUGAGCGACGACCUGAGGUCUGCUCUUUCUUUCCGUAAAUGCUGCUCCUCUGUGUCUGUCUCCUGUCGUUCGCUAACUCACUAACACCUAAAGAAUCUUAGGAAAGAAAAGCCGAAGGGUACUACCGUGCAGAUACAUUACCUGGAAAACGCAACUUGAGAUCAUUUACCAUUUAAUUAAUAGUCCUUGUUUCCCAGAUACGUUCCCUCCCCUUGAAAUUAAUACGUAAUGUGUGAACUCUGCAUUGCGGCGGUGAGGGCGCUGUGGAGACUCCCGGCCAAUGGAGACUGAGGCCACGGCCUGGGGUAACCUCAGCUGCUCCUCCACGUUUAACCCAGUGACCCCAUGCAUUUGAAUACCCAGCCCUUUGAGAGCAAUAAAAACUACACUAUGAAUGUUUGGGGUUUUUUUUUAGGGAGAGGUGGAUUUUGCUUUUGAUCCACUUCAGGAGAGAAGUGGAAAGGGGGAGGGGAGCUCCUUUAAUUUUUUAAAUUAAAUUAAUAAAUCACAGAAUAGUGCUUUUUUUUUUUUCCUUUUCCUUUACACCUACCACCGACCUUCAUUCGUUGCUGAUGUUGUCAUGUCAGGCUGAGUGCUGGGACAGUCAGGCUGGUCACCGUUGGGGGCAGUGCGCUUUAGGCCCGAGUCGCGGUGCCCUCCACACCGGGUCCUGGGUCCUGCCAGGAGGGGACGUGUUUGCUGACCCCCUCUGCUGGGGCCUGCUCUGUUGCUUGCUUCGCGCCUCCAGAGCCACCCCACCUUGGCUGGAGGCACAGAGAGAGGGCCCUGGGCCCUUCCUGUGAGGGUGCAGCGGGCUGAGCGCAGAGCCUGGGCGCAGCUGGCCGGCAUGUUUCUCAGCACAGGCCCAGGCCCUGCUCUCAGGUGCCAGGCGCCGAGUCAAGACAUCUUCCACGCGUGUAUCCUGGCCCUGCCCAGCGAGUGGAGUUUGAGUUGUGGACGCUCCCUAUGCGUCCAGCUGGGGAGAGGGCCGCAGAUCUGUCCCCCUCUGGCUUCUGGGGUCCUGUGGCCUGUGGCAGCUACCAGCACCUAGAGACUGUCUUCCCUCUUUGGGGUCUUCCUGAUGGCACUGUAAGCAGUGACUAUCCACACUGCGUGCACGUGAGCAGACGCUGGGGAAAGCCUUAGCUGGUCAUGGGAAAGCGAGUCAUAGAUGUGUGAAGGCUCUCUUUCUGUGCGCCCGCCUUCUCUCCAUGCUGAAGCCUGGAGGAGGGUUUGAAAUGGCUACCCGUUGAUAAGAGUUUUAACCCAGAGAAAGAAGUGACCCUGGUCACCCGGUGCUUGGUGACGGCGUGCCAGCUGCAUGGCCCGAUUAUGGUCUCUGUCCUCAAGAAGCGCAGAGUCUGGUGGAAGAGAUGAGCUCUGAGUAGACAAACUACUCAAUGAAACAACAGUGUGAACAGCACUUUCUUGUAUAAAACAGCCAUGAUCCUGGGUCAGUUUGGAAGCCCUGUCUUGUUGUCCCUGUUCCUCCUGCUCUGUGGCGUGAGAGCCUUCCCUUACAGACCUUUAGUCAGUGAGCACGGGAGCUGAGGGUGCCUGCAGUCACGGGCAACUCCGGAGCCUAGGCCUUCCACGCCGUGCGACCACCGACUGGUAUCCCACUGGGCGUGAGGAAUCAGGGACGCCCUGCAUGUCACUUUGUCUCACCUGUAGGACAAGCCCAAUAGACUCUGCUCAGCCCGCCUGAUUUUCAGCAGAAUUGUUCAAUCCUGUGCGUAAACUCAUGCUGCGAAUUUCUCACUAACAGCUGCAUGCUUCCCCGGCAUGCAACACUUAGCAUUAAAUGGUGUGGUGUGGCUUCUAACCCUGCAGCAGUGUAACCAGGCUUAGGGUUAAAAUGGUGGGCCUGACAUGACCACCUGCCUUCCCUCUGGAGACAGCAUGGCUCUGGCCCAUGUUUCUGCCCCUUUCUCUAGCCUCUCCUAGCAUCUGGGCCUGGGCUGUGGGGCCAGCCACACCACUAACUCGCCCUGGCUUUGUCCCAAACCCUGCGUGGGGCCGCCAGGGUGCAUGCAGACAUUCGGGUCCCACGUUCUUGCAUAUCAGGGCCAGGACGCAAAAACACAGGGAUGGUUUUUGGGUCGAAGAUGUCUCGCUGAGUUUUGCUCGAUUGAGGGGUGGACACAUAUGAAUUCAGUUUUCCCACAAGUAUUUGCCGCUAGCUAAUUCAGUGGAAACGGUGGCAUUCUCAUAACCCACUCAGGAAAUAAAGGACAAGAACCCUUUUCGGGAGCCUAGGAGAUUUCCCGAGAGGUUGACAGAGUCAGCCCCCCGCGCCCCGGCAGCAGCACGUAUUCUCAAAGACAGCUGAAUUGCUUUACACUUUGUAAUGACAAGCUCACCCAGAGUUUUCUUUUCCUACAAACUUCUCAGUUUCUUAACUUUUUGUUGAAAAAGUAUUUGGACAGAAGUCGAACUGUGAAUGAUACUGAAAUGCACUAAAUUUUAUUAAACUGGAGUUACUUGAUACAAUGAAGAAAUGCAUCUGAUCUACUUGUAUUUAUUGUCUCAGAAUUGUAUGUUGUGACAAUCAAAUGUUCCUUGCCUAAACGCCAGGAAAUCCAACGGGCUUCUUAAUCAUAAAGAUUGUCAGUAAGUACUGUAACUGUAAAUGAGAAUCUCUCUCUUUGGAAAACCACACAAACCAUUGCUUAAGCGCGUGUGACGGACGUUGGGGUUCUUUUUCUAUUAUUGAUACUCUGCCAUACCUGACCACUGGCCAGUUUCAAAGGGUGAUAAUUUGUACACAGGGUGCGAAUGUAUUAUAUGGAGGGGUCGUUUUGUACACUUCAUUUUUACAAGUUUUGCUACUCUCGGGCUUUAUGUAGUUGAGGAUAGCGGUAUUUUUGGUCUCUGGGAGUUGGUGGAGGGUAAGGGUGGGGGGACUAACUUGGACUUUAAAAGCCUGUGUCCCAAAAACUGGCUGUGUUUGCCAUGCUCUGCAAAGAUCACCUCAUACAUGGGCCUGCGUGAGCGUGCCUGAGUGCCGGUGUUUUCUGGAUAAAAUGCUGCAGGCAUCAUACUUGUUAUUAAAAUUGCUGCUGUGAAAGAGAGGGAUAAAAUGUCCACAAUAUACGAGAAAAUGAUUGUCUGCCUCCUUUCGUCCCUUUGUUUCUAGUCCGCGCAGAUUUUUCCCAGGGGAAGAAAAGACCUGCGUGCACUCGGUGUCUGCGGGGUCUUCCGCCUGCACAGACCCGCCGGCGUGGGGCCUGUGCUCCCUGAGGCCGUCCUGCCCGUGAGCGCGCUCUCCAUUUCACUUAAGUGGCUUUCAGAAGGGGAAAUCUAGAAGGAGAGCCAUCACCUGGCCAAAGCAAGGGACAAAUCAGUUGGUGCAUAAAGGAUGUGCCUAAAAAUGGGUCUUAAAGCCAUCAAGGACAAAAGGGUUUCCAAAGUAGGCAUGUAUAUAUCAAAAACUAUUUUUUGUAAAAAAAAAAAAAGUUAUUCUGUGGAGAAAACCAAGGAACCCUUUUUCUUCUUUAUAAAGAAAAGAACUCUUGUUCGAACCAAGAGGUAUUCCAGGGUCUCAUUUGUCUGUCUUCUGAAAAUAAAUUGAGCUAAAAGAA